CACCGAGGAAAGAGGAAGAAGACAAAAGAGGCGGGAUGGCGACCAGCAAUGACAUCGAUCGGAGUUAUUCUUGGAAUCCUCGGAAUGUCCCUUCCCAAGUAUCAAACUUUUUUUUUUUUUUUUACUUCUCCGACUUCACAUCUUGGGCUUCCAUUUAAAUGAACUCGCACCGCAGCGAUGAUAGGCGGACAUGAACCGACAGAUUUGACGGGCCGCAAUUAAUUGAAUAGGAUGAUAAAGGCGUUGUCGAUGAGGUGUUGUGAUUUUUCCAUGACCGGUGGGUGGAUGACACGGCGGACAAAAAAAGAAAAGACAAGACAUUGUGCUUCGGGAGUGUCAGGCAAGGAGACGGGGUUUGGUUACUCACCAGGUCUAAAAAAAAAAAGAGGGAUUGCACUCUCAGGAGUAUCUACCACGAGUGAACGAGGCAGAAUGGCAAGCAGUGACCGACAGCAACUUCUCACCCUUCAGACACGACAGACAAGUAAAGCCCGGCGUGAAGGAAAUGAAAAGGGUUGGAGAAGGCGUGGGGGGGGGGGGGGAGAGGAAAGAGGGAAGAGUGGAUGGACGGAGGGAAUUAAGGAUGGAGGAUGGGGAGGGGAGGAAGGAAAGGCAAGGAAAAGGUCGGGUAGCAGAGGAGGGAGAAGUGCAAUCGUCCCAAACAAGAGAAGAAGGGGGGGACGGCCUUGAUGAGGGGACGGGGAGAAAAGAGUCUCGAGACCGAGAAACGGAGGAAGAGUGAGAGUGAGAGUGAGGAAGAGAGGAAAGAGAGGGGGCAAAGGGAAAAGAAGCGAGCAAAAGACGUGGAUUCUAAUUUUUUGACCGGGGAUAAGAAAAGCAGACAAGACUGA